AUGCACAAAUAUCGCACCGAGGCUCGCAAACAAGCGUGGUAUGACGGAGAAGGCGAACCGUCCUCGCACAAUCCAUUCAAGAAGUUCCGUCCCAACCGCAACCUACGGCGGUCCAACACCUUGCAACUCGAAAGGGGUGUCAACCGCAGCUUGGGCGACCUAUCAGAAGAUCGCCGGCGACGACAGGAGAUGAACCACGGCCUCGAGGGGCCAGCAGCCUCUUCGAGUUUCCCGGCCGAGCUUGCUCCAAAUGGGCAGGGUUCCCCGACCACGCUUCGCUCUCAAACCGAACACUCCAUGGCGAGCCACAAUGCUUUGACUAGUGAUUCCAGUUGGAAGGGUAGAUUAUCUCGCAAGUUCCAUCGCGAUACUGGUGCGACGGAGGAUACGAAAUCGCUUUCUGAGCCGCACAAAUUCACGCUUACGUCGCAGCUAAAGGCUACGCUUCUCAACUCGUGGAUUAACAUUCUCUUGAUCGCCGCGCCUGUCGGAAUUGCCCUAUAUGCUGUGAACGCCAACCCAAUCGCGGUUUUCGUAGUCAACUUCAUUGCCAUCAUUCCCCUGGCCGCAAUGCUCAGUUUCGCCACCGAAGAAAUCGCCCUCCGCACCGGCGAAACAAUCGGCGGUCUCCUGAACGCCUCAUUCGGCAAUGCCGUCGAGCUAAUCGUCGCGAUCAUCGCCCUUGUCCAGCGCAAGACCCUCAUCGUGCAAACCUCUCUGAUCGGCAGUAUUCUGUCCAACCUGCUGCUGGUGCUCGGCAUGUGUUUCUUCUUGGGCGGCAUCGAUCGCGUGGAGCAGAACUUCAACGUGACAGUCGCCCAGACGGCAGCGAGCAUGCUCGCACUCGCCGUCAGCAGCUUGAUCAUCCCCACCGCGUACCACAAGUGGUCCGAUAUCUCUAAUGGUGACGGAACCGCCCCUCUAUCCCGCGGAACGAGCGUGCUCCUCCUCAUUGUCUACGGCUGCUAUCUCUUCUUCCAGCUCAAGUCCCACGCGGAAAUGUACAACCGGCCCAGCGAGAAGGUCGAGCGCCGCCACGCCCGUGUCAAUGAAGGCGACGCUAGUCGUGGGAUCGCGCAGAUCGGCAAAAUGUCUGCCACCCCGUUGGUUGGCCAGAGCGAUGACCACAUGCAAAUGGAGGAGGAGGAUGAGGCUGAGGAGCCGCAGCUGUCCGUUCUCACUGCUGUGCUUACCCUGGCAAUCUCGACUGCGUUUGUUGCUGCUUGUGCUGAGUUCAUGGUUUCUUCAAUCGAUGCUUUGACUGCUACUGGCAAUAUUGGCGAGACCUUCGUUGGAUUGAUUCUCCUGCCUAUCGUGGGUAAUGCUGCUGAGCACGCUACUGCCGUUACAGUUGCUUGCAAGGACAAGAUGGAUCUUGCGAUUGGUGUCGCAGUUGGAUCGAGUAUGCAGAUUGCGCUGCUUGUGCUGCCCUUGAUUAUCGUUCUUGGCUGGAUUAUUGGUGUUGAGACCAUGACUCUGAACUUCGAUGGCUUCCAAGUGGUUGUGCUUUUCAUGUCUGUUCUUUUGGUGAACUACCUCAUUGGUGAUGGCAAGUCCCACUGGCUCGAGGGUGUCUUGUUAAUGAUGAUGUAUCUCAUCAUCGCUAUUGCAGCUUGGUUCUUCGUAUAA